AUGUCAUCGCAUGCAGAGCUCCUGCUGGUAACUCUGGAGGGUUUGGGAGGCGAGGAGCUCAAGAAGUUCCAGUGGUUCCUGCAGCAGGAUGACAUCCUGGAAAACUUCCCAGCCAUCCCAAAGAGCCGCCUGGAGAAGGCAGACAGGCAGGACACGGUGGACCAGAUGGUGCAGACCUACGGCCCUCCCGGAUCUCUGCAGAUCACAGUGGAGGUUCUGAAGAAGAUAAACAGGAACGAUCUGGUGUGCUGCUUUUCAAAAACGGACUCAGUGCUCAUCAGAGAUGCUGCUGAUAUUGGGGAUCCUUCAGAGAACAGACUACCUUCCUCAUUUCAACCACAGGCUCCUCCUCCUCCUCACCCUCCUACUGAAAGCUGUCAGACUGAAGAUUUGUUGGUGGCAAGACCAAAGCCUCCCCGACUCAUCACAUCGUACCAACACAUGCUCCAGUCAAAUCUGCAGGACAGGUUUAUGUGUGCACAAGAGGGUUGGUCAGAGAGAAAAGAUAAGAAACAUCUAAAUGAUAUCUACACAGAGCUCUACGUCACAGAUGGGGGAGUUGUACAUAUCAACCAGCAGCAUGAGGUCAGGCAGAUUGAGACCAGGAAAUCACAAAAGUCAACGGACACAGAGAAGCCAAUCAAACCCAGAAACAUCUUCAAACACCCUUCUGGAAAAUGCACACCCAUAAGAAUGGUGCUGACCAACGGUAUUGCAGGAAUUGGCAAAACCUUCCUUGUGUACAAGUUCAUCCUGGACUGGGCUGAAGGAAAAGCCAAUCAAGAUGUGCAUCUUGCAUUCCCCUUCACCUUCCGCCAACUAAACUUACUGAGGGGAAAAAGGUUUCGUUUUGCAGAGCUCAUUCACAGAUGUAUCAGGGAAACCAUCGACAUCCAGGAGGAGGCUCUUAAUUACAUCUUCACAACAAUACAGACAUCUGGAAACUCCAACUAUGACAAGAGCAAAUUCAAGCUUCUGUUUGUGUUGGACAGUCUGGAUGAGAGUCGCCUUCAGCUAGACUUCACUGCUGAUGAAGAAUCUUAUGUUGAUGUGACAGAGCCAACCAGAGUAGAAGUGCUGGUGACAAACCUCAUCAAGGGGAAACUGCUUCCCUCUGCUCGCCUCUGGAUAACCACACGACCCGCAGCGGCCAAUCAGAUCCCUCCGGAGUGUGUUGACAUCUUUACAGAGGUGAGAGGCUUCACUGACCCACAGAAGGAGGAAUACUUCAGGAAGAGAUUCAGAGAUGAGGAGCAGGCCAGCAGAAUCAUCUCCCACAUCAAGAUGUCACGAAGCCUCCACAUCAUGUGCCACAUCCCAGUCUUCUGCUGGAUCACUGCUACAGUUCUGGAGCAGGUCAUAAGAGAAGACGAGAAAGGACAAAUUCCUCGAACCUUGACUGAAAUGUAUACGAAGUUCCUGGUGUUUCAGAUAAAACAAACAACAAUUAAGUAUGGCACUGAAAAAAGCAUUCAGAACAUCAAGUCACUUGCAAAACUUGCUUUUCACCAGCUGGGCGAGGGCAACCUUAUAUUCCACGAGAAAGACCUAAAGAAGAGUGGCAUUAAUUUUAGAGAAGCCUCAGUGUACUCAGGAGUAUUCACACAGAUCUUUAGAGAUCAGUGUGAGCUGAACCAAGAUAAGGAGUUUAGCUUCAUCCAUCUGACCAUUCAGGAGUUUCUGGCUGCAGUUCAUGUGGUCCUGUCACUACAUAACAAAAACAAGAGUGUCAUGCCCAUGCCCCGCCUGACUGUCCAAAAUGUGUGGGUGCUUUUCAGCAAAACAUCUACAUCAAAAGUCCACAGGAUUGCCAUUGACAGGGCCUUAGAGAGUCCAGAUGGAUACCUGGACAUGUUCCUCCGAUUCCUCCUGGGUCUUUCACAGGAGAACAAUCAGACUCCCCUACAAGACCUCCUAAAAUGGACAGGAGGUAGCUCACAGACCAAUCAGGACACAGCUGACUACAUCAAGAAGAAGAUCAGUAAGAAUCCCUCUCCAGAGAGAAGCAUCAACCUGUUCCACUGUCUGAAUGAGAUGAAUGACCAUUCUCUUGUGGAGGAGAUCCAACAUUACCUGAGAUCAGGAAGCCUCUCCACAGAUGAACUCUCUUCUGCUCAGUGGUCAGCUCUGGUCUUCAUCUUACUGACAUCAGAAGAGAAGCUGGACAUAUUUGACCUGAAGAAAUACUCCAAAUCAGAGCACGGUCUCCUGAGAAUGCUGCCAUUGGUCAAAGCCUCAACAACUGCACUACUGAACCAGUGUCAGCUCUCAUGCCGAUGCUGUGAAGCUCUGGCCUCAGUUCUCAGCUCCAAGUCCUCCAGUCUGAGGAAGCUGGACCUGAGCAACAACGAGCUGUACACUUUAGGAGUGCAGAGGCUCUCUGCUGGACUGAGGAGUCCACACUGCAGACUGGAGAAUCUCAGGCUGAGUGCGUGUAAUCUGUCAGAGAGAAGCUGUGAAGCUCUGGCCUCAGUUCUCAGCUCCUCCAGUCUGAGAGAGCUGGACCUGAGCAACAACGACCUGCAGGAUUCAGGAGUGAGGCUGCUCUCUGAUGGAUUGAGGGGUCCACACUGCACACUAGAGACUCUCAGGCUGUCAGGCUGUCUGGUCACAGAGGAGGGCUGUGUUGCUCUGGCCUCAGCUCUGAGCUCCAACCCCUCCCAUCUGAGAGAGCUGGACCUGAGCUACAAUCAUCCAGGAGACUCAGGAGUGAAGCUGCUCUCUGCUGGACUGGAAGAUCCAACCUGGAGACUGGACAAGCUCAGUGUCGAUCACGGUGGAGAGUUCAGGAUCCAGUCUGGGCCCAGGAAAUAUGUCUGUGAUCUGACACUUGACCCAAACACAGCGUACAGGAAGUUCUUUCUGUCUGAAGACAACAAAAAAGUGACGGCAAUGAUAGAGAGUCAACCGUAUCCCGAACACCCUGAGAGGUUUGAGGACUGCGCCCAGAUCCUGUGCAGAAACAGUCUGACCGGGCGCUGCUACUGGGAGGUGGAAACCUGGGGAGUGGUCGUAAUCGGCGUGGCUUACAGGGGAAUCCACAGGAAAGGACGGCACGACUCAGCGUACCUCGGGUGGAACGAUGGGUCCUGGUGUUUGUGCUGCAACAAGCACACGGCCUGGCACAACAAAAAGGGCACAGUCGUUCCCGUUGCCUUGUCCCCUGACCCUGACAGAGUGGCGGUGUAUCUGGACUGGCCCGCUGGCUAUCUGUCCUUCUACAGGGUCUCCUCUGACAGACUGAUCCACCUCCACACCUUCAUCUCCACAUUCACUGAGCCUCUGUACCCUGCCUUUAAGCUUUUGGGGGUGGGCUCCUCGGUUUCCUUUGUGUUUAAUGGCACCACACCGUGAGAUGUCAAAAUUCAACAAAUCACAAUGCAAAAAUGCUAAAAUACAUCUUGUAGCACAGGACAAUGAAUCAAGAUGGUUAAAGUGAUCGGAUUCUUACCUAUAGAGUGGUAUCUGCUGUGAAAGUAAUACAUCCACCAACUUUGGUCCAUUAAAGGAAUACUCCGACGCUUUGGGCCAAAUCCCCUUUUCACAACUUCCCCAGACUGAGACAAGGUGUUCGAUGCCAUUUUCACCCACGGUGAAACUCCCUUAACUCCCUCCCAGUUGUGAGAGGGGAGCUUCAGCGGGAGUGUGUUGCUACAAACUGAAUGAAGUAGAUGCAGACCAGAAAACAACACCUUUGUGAGCGGCAAUACAAAGCUGAAAAAACUGUUUUGAAGGAUGCACGACAACACGCGCUUG